UACUUAGGUCACGACAGGUUAUCUGCGUUGUAUAAAAAGACGUUGCUCAAAAAUAUUCAUACAAUUCAUAAUUCAGACUUCGGACGAGAGCUGUUAAUUUUUUCGACCAUGAAAACUUUUGUGAUUCUUUUCGCUUUGAUGGCGAUGGCUGCCGCGCAGGGUUCUGUUAACUUUGUGGAUGAAGCUGAUAACAGUCAACAAGACUCAGGCAGGAGGGGUUACCGUCCCCAACCUGCUGAAAACCGGCUUACCGUUACUAACAAUGGUUGUGGGGUCUACGUGGUUGAAAGUACUCACAACCAAGGAAAUACAAUUACCGUCCAUCCGCAUGAUGGCCAGGGUUCAGGUAGCGUUAUACAAAUUGGAAGUAGCCAGGGUUGUGGUAACGUUAUGUUCGUGGACAAUAAUAAUCCGGGCGGUGUUCAAUUCGUAGACAACAGUAGACCCCAUGAUAACGGUGUGAUCGUAAACCCGGAUCCCUUCUUCGGACAGCCCUCUGGACCAGCGGCAAUCGACAUUUCACCCGCAUUUGUUGACCCCAGGCCCAACUAUCCCUACCCUUACAGACCAACCAACAACGGUGCUCGCAGUGGAUAAUUUAAGCGUCCAAAGACUACAAAAAGAACCAACAAAUACAUCAAUCAAUAGUUACUUGCACAUUGUACUUUUGAGUACAAUUUUCUUUUGCCUCCAAAGUUAAUGUUUUUUAUGUAUAUUAUUGUUUAAAUACACAGCCGUUAUACAUAUUUUA